CGUUUCCGCGAUGUACUGGAUAAACGCCCUGAGGAAGUAAGACCCAUUUGCUUCGCGCGUAUAAAUACAUUUCGAGUUCAAAUCAAACCUUCCCUCACAGCUCUUUGCAAUUCAAAAUCCCAACUCUUCACACACUUCACGCACUAAAUCUGAAUAAGGAGUUCAGCGAGAGAGAGAGAGACAAAGAGGAGGAAGAAGAGGAAAUUUCAAGCAGCAAAAAUGGGGAAGCGAUUGAGGAAAGCCAGAUCGAUGUGCUGUUGCGUCUCUCCACGAUCCUCAUUUCUUACUUCCCACUCAAUUUUCAGCUGGUAUGAAGAGGAUACGUGGAUACAGAUUGCCAAGUUUUUGGAUGGAAGAUCUCUGGUGAUGCUCGCAUUGACUUGCAAAUGGUUUAGCCGUAUUAUGAUGGAGGACUGCGUGUGGAAAUAUGCAUGUUUGCGUGAUCUUGAUAUUCCCGACCCUGGAAAAGUCUCAUUCAAAUGGAUCAAACUUUAUACCUCAGCUUUUGGUAAAGUUCAUCUUCUUUGAAACUCCAUCAUAAUAUGAAGAUUGGCUAUUGCUAUUAAAAUUGUGCGGAGAAUUGAAUCAUUAUUUUUUUGCAGAUGGAAGUCACUCGUACAUGUUUCGUCAGCAAGAGAGGCAUAUUGGUAAACUUGUUUUUCUUGUAGUAGAUUUCACUUCUUUUCCAUAACCUGUCAUUUGUUGCUGAGUGAAAUUAAUCA